CGACCGCUUUCCCGAUGUUCUGUUUCUUCGAGAAUCGAAAGAUCGUAGGUACCACGAUACCACGUGGUCGAUCGGUAGUUUACACACUCUUGAAUCAGCCCGUUACAAGAACAUCGACGUAUCAAGGUCGAGGGACGGGGAAUGACACGUUCGUAUGUCGUUAGCCAACUGCUCCAUUCGGUUCACUCGCUAGUCGUCGGGAAUCAGUCAAACGGGUACAGAAGACGGACCUCUUCUAUACGAGCACGACAGGAUAAUAAGAAAACCGGCAAAAAAGCAGGUGCAGAAGGUGGAGGUGGAAAAAGAAGAAGAGCAGGAAGAAGAAGUCGAGGACGAAGACGAAAACGAGGAGAAAAAAAGAAGAAAAAGAAAAGAAGCAGAAGCAGUGAGGGAGAGAGAGAAAAAGGAGAGAGAAAGAGAAGAAAGAGAAGGAGAGACAAAGAAAGAAAGAACACUGGAAGAGAGGGGUAAUAGCUCAAUCGCGAGAGGCUCGACUCCCUACAUGCCUUUCAGCGAAACGAGCAACGCUGCUGAAGAGUGCGUGUAUUAACCAAAAGUGGGAAUCAAUUUGGUAGAUUCGACAGUAAUUUCGAUUCUGUCUUGGCGAUCCAGAUUCGGGACACUGCACGACAGAACGCGCGAAGAACAACGACUUCCCGGAAGAGUUACGGCGAGAUUCUUCGGAAUCGGGAAGGAGAGAUGUCCAACCGCCAGCCGGACGAUCCAUAUCCGGAAAUCAUCGAGCCGCCAGGCAGAAGAAGGACCGACAGUUUCGGCAAACUGUUGGUUCGAUUUCUCUCGAUUUACUGGAGAUCGUUCGUGAUCGUGUUAUGGCCGCUGAUUCUGUUACCUCUCGUCAUCGUCGUCGAAAGUACCGAGGCGAUAGCGAUGCGGUGUCUGUACGUGGUCGGUUUAAUGGCAGUGUUCUGGAUGACCGAGGUGCUUCCGUUACCGAUCACAGGUUUGAUCCCCAUCGUACUCUAUCCACUGAUGGGUAUAAUGAGCACCAGUGACACUUGCGCUUGCUACAUGAACGACACCACGAUGAUGUUUAUCGGUAGCAUGGUGAUCGCGAUCGUCAUUGAAAAUUCUGGCCUGCAUAUGCGUAUAGCGCUGCUGAUCAUUAAAACGAUCGGUUGCAGUCAUCGAAGAUUAACUCUGGGCCUGUUCUUUGUCACCAUGUUCCUGUCGAUGUGGAUUUCGAAUACUGCCGCUACCGCCAUGAUGUUGCCUAUCGUUGAGACUGUUCUCCUGGAACUGGAAGCGGUAAGCGAUAUACUAUUAUGUAGCCUCGUCCACUCGCACAGGAAGAAAAACCUUGUCACGCUUUCGUCUUCGUAUUUCCAGCAAGGCUUGGGUAAUAUGUUCAUCUGUGAGGAGAACGGUUGCGGGGAAGAGAGUACAGAACACGGUAAAAGGCCAACUAACGUCACAAUGGUGUACUAUCUUGUGGCAGCGUAUGCUUCUAGCCUCGGAGGUGUGGGCACGUUGGUCGGGUCCGGAACCAAUUUGACGUUAAAAGGAUUUUUUGAGAAGCGGUUCCCAAACAGUCCAGGCAUCAGUCUGACAUCGUGGAUGGUUUACUCGGUUCCACCUAUGCUCUUGAUGAGUUUUCUUACUUGGAUGUGGCUUCAGAUCAUGUACAUGGGAAUGUUUAGACCACGAAGCAAAGAUGCACUUGCCAUCGAUAUCGGUACACAAGGUGAAAAGGUCGCAGCCGCUGUGAUCGAGAAAAAAUAUAAAGAACUCGGCUCUAUUACAUGGCACGAAUCCGUCGUCGGGUUCCUUUUCGUUACCGUCGUGUUACUUUGGUUCCUCAGAAACCCUGGAUUUGUUCGAGGUUGGCCAACUUACAUCACUAAUUUACAAGUUAAAGAUUCAACGGCGGCUGCUUUCGCGGUGCUUCUCUUCUUCAUUUUGCCAUCCAAACUCGAUUUUCUUCGGUCAUUCGAUUCGGAUCCUGCCAAUCGCCCUACCAAACCCUCACCCAGUAUGAUUACUUGGAAGCUGAUACAUCAAAAGAUGCACUGGAGUUUGAUCUUGGUACUGGGCGGUGGAUUCGCUAUCUCGGCAGGCAGUACCACUUCCAAACUAUCUACCAUAAUUGGAAACUCUUUGACCGGCUUGAAAUCGAUAAACCCAUUUACGAUACUAUUUAUCGUUUGUGUAUUUGCGGAAACCGCGACGGAACUGACCUCUAAUGUUGCAGUUGCAAAUAUCAUUUUACCAGUUUUAGCAGAAAUGGUAAGAAAUUUCGACUUGUAUAGUCCAUUUUUUAUCUUCUUUCUUUCUUUACAUGUUAUUUUAAUUGUUGUUAAUCUUUGUUAUAUCUUGUUUCAGUGUGUUGCCAUGCGAAUACAUCCUUUAUACUUGAUGCUGCCAGCUUCUCUCUGUUGUUCCUUUUCAUUCCACUUGCCAGUUGGUACUCCACCAAACGCGAUUGCCACAGCAGCUGGUCAUAUAAAAACCAGGGAUUUUGCCAUAGCUGGAAUAGGUCCUAGUACCAUAACGCUUCUCGUCACGACGCUUGCUUUCUCCACAUGGGGUAACUUCGUCUUCAACUUAGACGAAUUUCCAGAUUGGGCAACAUAAAGCACUUGCACGCUUACAAGUUUACAUAUUCUCAUACUUUUUACCUGCGACAUGACGCGUUACGAACAAGUUGAUAUUGCUAUAUUUAUUUAGCACUUGUUAACGCUCUAACAUUUUAAUAACAUUUCGACCAAAUAAUUAUAUCGAACGUAUUAAAUCGGCUGUAAACGUUCCGCUUCGGAAACUUUC